CAAGCACAGAUGAGUUUAGCAAUUGUAGUUAUAAGGAUUACUUCUCAGUAAGGUACUUUCAAUGUUUGUUAGUUCCACCAGUCCCUGAUCUAAUGUAUAAAUUUGCAUACUGUGGAAACAAAGUAGUGGAAGAUAAAGAGGAAUGUGAUUUUGGCUCACCAGAGCAAUGCAAGUUGGAUCCAUGUUGCCAGUCUAAUUGCAUGUUGAGUCCAGGUGCCACUUGUGCUUUUGGACAGUGCUGUGUUAAUUGUCAAUUUCUUCCAGCAUGGUCUGUUUGCAGAUAGAAGGUUCAUGCCUGUGACCUUCCUGAGUACUUCAAUGGGACUUCAGAGAUGUGUCCUGAAGAUGUUUAUUUACAAGAUCAUGCCCCAUGCAGUGAUGGUGCAUAUUGCUAUAAUGGGAAUUGCACAACUCACAAUGGACAAUGCAAAAUGAUAUUUUGCAACAAAGCAACAGGUGCAUCAAAGGAUUGCUUCAGUAAAAUAAAUGCUUGAGGGGAUUGCUUUGGCAACUGUGGGCUUAGACAUGACACUUAUAAGAAAUAUGAUACUCAGCAUAUCUUGUGUGGCCUAAUCCAUUGUGAAAAUGUUGAUCAAUUACUUUCUUUGGCGGAACACAGCACCAUACUUCAUAUGGCCCUUGGCAAUAGACAAUGGUGGAGUACAGACUACCACCCUGGAAUAGAGAUACCUGAUAUUGGAGCAGCGAGACAUGGGACUCCUUGUGGUACUGACCUGAUAUGCAUUGAUGGGAACUGCAUGAGAGUGUCCUUUUUGCAGUAUGAUUGUAAUAUCACAAAGUGCCAUGAUCGAGGAAUAUGCAAUACUCAGAAACAUUGUCAUUGUGAUUAUGCAUUGUGA